GUCUACCUGAAUUUUAGACGACAGAAAACAAAGCACGCAGACACAGCACUUGGGCUCGCACUUAUAUAUGUGGCCUUGUGUCUCUCCUCUCUCUCUCUCUCUCUCUCUCUUCCCACUUUCUGCUGCUCCCAAGUCCCAAUCAUCGGCUGCUGCUGCUGCUGUUGCUAACAGUUUGUAUAGCAACAGGGACGCUCCCUCCCCCUCUCCACUGUCUCCUCCCUCCUCCUCCGCCACUCCCAACGCCUUCCCCCCUUCUCGAUCUCGAACCCCACAACCCACAAAACUCCAUUAAACCUCUCCCUCUCCCCCACCCCCUCAGACCCACAUUGCAUCUCCCCCUCUCUCCCAUGGCUGCAACGGCUCUUUCUCUCUUCUUCUCCCUUCUGCUUGCCGCCAUCCUCACUCACUCGCAGCAGCAGGCCACUUCUUCCUCCGAGAUCGCCGCCCUCCUCUCCUUCCGGGGCGGCCUCCGGGACCCCCUCGGCUCCCUCGACGGCUGGUCCCCCUCCACCCCCUCCGCCCCCUGCGACUGGCGCGGCAUUCUCUGCUACUCCGGCCGCGUCCGCGAGCUCCGCCUCCCGCGCCUCCAGCUCUCCGGCCCACUCUCCCAGGACCUCGGCGGCCUCCUCCAGCUCCGCAAACUCAGCCUCCACUCCAACAGCCUCAAUGGCUCCAUCCCCUCCUCUCUCUCCCAGUGCUCCCUCCUCCGCGCCGUCUACCUCCAGGACAACUCCCUCACCGGCGGCCUUCCCCACGCCGUCCUCAACCUCACCAACCUCCAGGUCCUCAACGCAGCCCACAACCUCCUCUCCGGCAAUGUCCCCGCCGACCUCUCCCCGAGCUUGCGGUACCUCGACCUCUCCUCCAACUCCUUCUCCGGCGAGAUUCCUGGCAACUUCUCGGCGAAAUCCCAGCUCCAGCUCAUCAACCUCUCCUUCAACCGCUUCCUCGGGCAAAUACCUUCCACCAUCGGCGCUCUCCAACAGCUUGAGUACCUGUGGCUCGAUUCCAACCGUCUGUACGGAACUCUCCCUUCGGCUCUAUCUAACUGCUCUUCUCUCCGGCAUUUGAGCGCCGAGGACAACUCUCUCAGAGGUUUAAUCCCGGGGACUAUUGGGUCCAUUCAGACGCUCGAAGCCCUCUCCCUUUCUCGGAACGAGCUCGCGGGCUCUGUCCCGCCUUCUCUCUUCUGUAACCUUUCGCUUUCGAGUUUCAAUUCCAUGAAAAAUAUCCACUUGAGCUUUAAUGCCUUCACGGGGAUAUCUGAGCCGCCAUUGGAGAGCUGCAUUAGUUCUCUGGAGGUAGUAGACCUUCACGAGAACAACAUACAGGGCGUGUUCCCGAAUUGGUUGACCAACAUUUCCACAUUGCGGGUAAUAGAUCUCUCAGGAAAUGACUUUUCCGGUACACUGCCGGUUAAAAUUCGCGAUCUGUACAAGUUAGAGGAGCUGAGGAUGGGAAAUAAUUCGAUGUCUGGCCAGCUUCCGGGCGAAAUCGUCAACUGUAGCUUGUUGCAGGUUCUUGAUCUGGAGGGCAAUCGGUUUUCAGGUCAGGUUCCGGUUUUCUUGAGUGAGCUGAGGAGCUUGAGGAUGAUUUCUCUGGGGAGAAAUCUGUUCUCGGGACCGAUUCCUCAGGAGUUGGGAAACCUUUCCGGGCUCGAGAUGUUGAAUCUGAGCAGUAAUAAUCUGACUGGCAAUGUCCCCGAAGAGAUCAUGCAGCUGAGAAAUUUGAGUACUCUCAAUCUGAGCUACAAUAAUUUGUCCGGCGAAGUUCCUUAUAAUGUCGGGAACUUAAAGAGCUUACAAGUUCUGAACUUGAGCAGUUGCAGUUUUUCGGGGGAGGUUCCUUCGAGUAUUGGGAAUUUGAUGAGACUGACAAGUUUCGAUUUAAGCAAGCAGAAUCUCUCUGGGAAGCUGCCGAUUGAGUUUUUCGGGUUACCGGGUUUGCAAGUUGUCUCGCUUGAAGAGAACUCAUUUUCUGGUGAUGUGCCUGAAGGGUUCAGCAGCUUGGUUUCUCUGAACCAUCUGAAUCUCAGCUCGAAUUCUUUUUCUGGGAAUAUUCCAGUGACUUACGGGUUUCUUCAAUCGUUAUCUGUUCUUUCAAUGUCAAGAAAUCAGAUCUCUGGUCCAAUUCCUGCAGAGCUCGGUAACUGCUCAAGUCUUGAAGCAAUUGAGCUUCGCUCGAAUCAUUUGAGGGGUCACAUUCCGGGCAGCAUAUCUCGCCUUUCUCGCCUGACGGAGCUCGAUUUGGGUGGAAAUGAUCUGACAGGUGAAAUCCCAGUGGAGGUAUCGAAAUGCCUCUCUCUGACUUCGCUGUCACUGGACUCAAAUAAACUUUCGGGCAGCGUACCUGGAUCUCUGUCAAGAUUAUCAUAUCUGACUGUACUGAAUCUCUCAUCGAACAAUUUGAGCGGAAGAAUUCCGGCAAAUCUUUCCGAUCUUCAUGAGUUGAAGUACCUGAACCUUUCGAGAAACAACCUCGAGGGUGAGAUUCCUGGAGCACUGGGCUCUCGGUUCAAUGACCCUGCUGUAUUCGCUAUGAACGGGAAAUUAUGUGGGAUGCCUUUGGGAAGAGAAUGCCCUAAUGUGAAAAACAGGAAGAGGAAGAGGCUGAUUAUACUGAUUGCUCUUAUCGCGGCAGGAGCUUUCUUCCUGGCUAUGUGUUGCUGCGGUUAUGUCUUCAGCCUCUUACGGUGGCGAAGGAGGCUCCGAGGAGCUAAUGGGGAAAAGAAACGGAGCCCACGUACUAGCUCAGGAGGAGAGAGAGGCCGUGGGAGCGGAGAUGAAGGAGGGCCGAAGCUUGUAAUGUUCAGUAACAGGAUUACAUAUGCAGAAACGUUGGAAGCAACCCGACAGUUCGAUGAGGAGAAUGUUUUGAGCCGAGGAAGAUAUGGUUUAGUCUUCAAGGCCUCAUUCCAAGAUGGGAUGGUUCUCGCGAUUCUGCGAGUCCCCAAUGGGUCUAUUGAUGAAGCCACAUUCCGCAGAGAAGCUGAAGACUUGGGAAAGAUUAAGCACAGGAACUUGACCGUUCUACGAGGAUAUUAUGCAGGUCCGCCAGAUGUUCGUCUCUUAGUUUACGAUUACAUGCCGAACGGGAACCUGGCCACUCUGCUGCAAGAAGCUUCACACCGAGAUGGGCACAUGCUGAACUGGCCAAUGCGUCAUCUCAUUGCCCUUGGAAUCGCCCGAGGGCUAUCUUUCUUGCAUUCAAUUCCAGUGAUCCAUGGGGACGUGAAGCCUCAGAACGUCUUCUUCGAUGCAGAUUUUGAGUCCCAUCUGUCCGAAUUUGGCCUCGAUCGGCUCGUGAGGCCAACCCCACAAGAAGCUCCCUCGUCAUCCACUGCACCAGUUGGGACAUUGGGCUACGUCUCACCCGAAGCUGCUCUGACUGGACAGGCCACCAAGGAGUCCGACGUGUACAGCUUCGGGAUCGUGCUGCUGGAGAUUCUCACUGGGAAGAAGCCAGUAAUGUUCAACCAAGACGAAGACAUUGUCAAGUGGGUGAAGAGGCAACUCCAGAGGGGACAGAUAUCGGAACUCAUAGAGCCGGGAUUGCUCGAGCUAGAUCCGGAGUCAUCGGAGUGGGAGGAGUUCCUGUUGGGUGUAAAAGUGGGGCUGCUCUGCACGACAACCGAUCCCGGCGACAGGCCUGCGAUGGCGGACGUCGUGUUCAUGCUCGAGGGGUGUAGGGUUGGGCCGGACAUCCCUUCAUCAGCCGAUCCCACCUCGUUGCCUUCCCCAGCCUGAAGGAAAUUUAUUGCAUGUGUGUAACAUUCAAUUCAAUGUAUAUUGUUGUUUCAUUCAUGAUUUUGUCAGCAUGAAGUAGGAAAUUUGAAUUCCGUGAUUAAGCUUC